GUUUUUCUUCUGCAGGUAAAUGGCUACUUCACAGAAACACUUGAAGACAGAAUUCGGAAACUGGAAUCAGAGAAACAGAGUCUAAUGUUACAAGUCAGUGUGCUGUCAGACCAAAUUGAAGCUCAGGGAGAGAAAAUUAACGAAUUAGAAUAUACCAUUGAUUCUAGACGAGGUCAGCUGAUUGACGCAGAAGAAAUGUUACAAUCGGAACUAUUAACCAGGUCGUCCCUGGAAACACAUAAAUUAGAUCUAAUGGCGGAGAUAUCAAGUUUAAAAAUAAGACUGGCCUCGGCUGAGAAAGAGAGGCGAGAUCUGGAUGAUAAAUUACGUUAUUCACAUGUAAGUUUAUUAUAUUUCAAGAUCUCCCGAAUGAAACAUUUGCAAUUUGGCAAGGCUGUGUUAACUCAGAUUAAUUUUGUUUCCUUACAGAGACAGUUAGCAGAAAUGGAUGCCAAGAUGUUGUACAAAGAUUCUGAAAUUAAUGAUCUGAGACAAAAGUGUCGGUUGAAUGGAACUAUCAGCCCUGACACCAAAAGUGAAGUAGAGAAACUAAAGAAAGCUGUAGAGUCAUUGUUGAUAGCUAAUGAUGAUAAAGAUAAAAGACUAGAUGAAAUGAAGAGAAUGUUAAGAAGAUAUCGUAAAGUAGAAGAAUUAUUAGUUCAAUCACAAGGCAGAAAGGAUUUGUUAAUGAAUGCUGAAGAUGACACAAGUUCAACCAGUUCAUCUACAACUCCCUCUGUUGGUGAAAUUAUUAAAGAUAAUUUGCAUAAUGUAUGUAUAUAUAAUAUUUACUUUAAUUUUAAAAAUACUGUGUACUGUCUUGACAUUUUUGCAUGUAAAUCAAAUUUAACCUGUAUGGAUGAUUUACGGGUAAAUACAAAUUAUCUAUCAUCACCAACGGCAACCAGUACACCAGUAACAGCCAAUAAUAGAGAAGCUUUAGGAAUGACUCGUUCUAACAGUUGUGAAAAUUUAAUACCAAAAUUACAGCAACCACGAACUCCACCAAACAGUAAGAAAAGAUUUGAAAAUCAGAACAACGGAGGCUUUGGUACGUUACCUAAAGAACGUUAUUCAGGCGCAGACGAAACUCCUAAACGUAAUCGCGGGUUCCCCACCCUCGGUCGUACAUUAUUACGCAUCAGAUCAGGAAAACGAAGCUGCUCCGCCCCAAAUUUAGCACAUUCUGAGGUUGUGACAGAUGAUGAAGAUGGCCUUCAACAUUUCGGUACAAAUGGCGUCCAUCAUGAAAAGAAACGAAGAGGUCUCCGGAAACUUUUUGGAAAAUUAAAGAGAAGUAGUUCACAAGAUUUUGACAAUGAUAAAAAUAGACCUGAUGAUUUUAAACGUGGAGGUGUUAGAGCUACAGCUACAGCUAGACUGGGUGGCUGGUCACGAGAACUUAAAACAAAUAUCAAUGAUUUAGAUAUACCGUUUGCUAGAUGGGACAGUGAUAGAGUGACAGCCUGGAUGAAUGAAAUAGGUUUGAAUAUGUAUUUAGUUGAUUGUAAACGCUGGGUUAAAAAUGGUGAACAGCUACUCAGAGCCUCUCCUUCAGAUCUGGAAAAGGAAAUGGGUAUGAAGAAUGGACUACAUCGGAAGAAAUUACAACUAGCACUACAAGCUAUUGGUUCAGAAUCUAGUGACAGGCUUGGAGAUCUCGAUCAUAACUGGGUCACAAGAUGGUUAGAUGAUAUUGGUCUUCCUCAAUAUAAAGAUAGUUUUUAUGAUGCUAGAAUUGAUGGUAGAAUGUUACAUUAUAUGACUGUUGACGACUUGUUAGCUAUGAGAGUAACCAAUGAACUACAUCAUAUCAGCAUUAAACGUGGUAUACAAGUGCUACGUGUUAAUAAUUUCAACCCACAAUGUCUUCGUCGUCGACCCUCCCCCGAUGAGAUUCUACCAGCUGAUGUGAUAUCAUGGACAACUCAUCGUGUUAUGGAAUGGUUACGAACAAUUGAUUUAUCAGAAUACGCUCCCAAUCUUAGAGGUAGUGGUGUUCAUGGUGGACUAAUGAUUUUAGAGCCAAGAUUUACUUCAGAAUUAUUUUCACAACUCCUUUCGAUACCACAAACUAAAACCCUACUUAAACGUCAUCUUAAUACCCAUUUCAUAGCUUUAAUAGGUGCAACUACUCAACAGAAAAAACGUGAACUGGAGGCCAGUCCUGGUUAUGUUCCUUUAUUACCUAGCUCUAAAAUCAGAAAAGGUAAAUUCAUAUUAUUUGGUCAUAAACGAACAAAAUCUGAGAGUGAGGCCGAUGGUUUUAUUUGUCCAAUGGAAAUUGGAGGUAAAGGUUUACGCAAUGGUAACCAUGGAAAUGGAACAAAUGGGACAAAUGGCAACCUACCACAAAGGGAUGAAAAGGCUGCUAAAGAAAUUGGUGCUUUUUCUAAAGAGAUAAACUCAUUAACG